CCAUCCAAGAGAGAAGAGAGAGAGAUAGAGAGAGAGAGAAUGGCCUUAGAAACUGUGGUUUUUCAACAAGACCCAUUUAGUAACUUAAAUAGUUACGGGUACAAAGAGGUGGAGGAGUACCACUGGAACACCAACUCUUCUUCGCCGGAGGUUUGUGCCGGCGAUGGGUUACUUGCCGGAGCUUCGGUAGAGGCGCCAGCACGGCGGAAAAGGCGGCGCAAUUAUAAAAGCUCGAAGAACAAGGUAGAAAUAGAGAACCAGAGGAUGACUCACAUUGCAGUGGAGAGAAAUCGCCGGAAACAGAUGAAUGACUACCUCGCCGUACUCCGGUCGUUGAUGCCGCCUUCUUACGCUCAAAGGGGUGACCAAGCAUCCAUAGUAGGGGGAGCCAUUAAUUUUGUGAAGGAGCUAGAACAACUCCUCCAAUCCCUUGAAUCCAAAAAUCAACUGAAGCAACAAUCCGAAUCCCCUCGGCACUUUGCGAAUUUCUUCACCUUCCCUCAGUACUCGACUCGUUCGACUCACCAGAGUAAUCAACUGCUUACGGGCCACGAAUCAAGGAUGGCAGCUGAGAAGGAAUCCACCAUUGCUGACAUAGAAGUGAGCAUCGUGGAAAGCCAUGCCAACAUCAAAGUACUCUCAAGAAGACAACGAAAACAGCUUUUGAAGAUGGUUUAUUGGUUUUAUUCCAUAGGCCUCACCAUUCUCCAUAUCACUGCCACAAGUUCUGUUGAUCAGCUGGUCCUUUAUUCAUUCAGUGUUAAGGUUGAAGAUUAUUGCCAGUUGAGUACGGUGAAUGAGAUUGCAACCGCAGUGCAUGAGAUGAUGACAAAGAUCCAAGAGGAGGUCAUGCCUAGUUAAAACUAAGAUGUUGUAAUUUGCACUUGAUUAAAUACUAUUUUGAGAUUUGGUAGGAAUGAGAAUCAU